AUGGAUGUGUUGACGGAUGAAAUGUCCAAAGAGGCACCCCAUAAAUCCGAAGUUAUCGGCCAGUCUUCCAGUGAACGACCACCUUCCUAUUCGGACAACCAGGUCGAGCAACCCCCACUAGAACUGCCACAGCUGGAUCUAGGUUCCCAUCUAUCUUCUUCGACUACUGUCACUCGCGAUCAGUGUAUUGCACAUCUCAAGUUUCUGGCUGUGCUCGCAGAUCUGCGAGAUACCAUCUCUAGUGAUGACGGGCUCUUUGGUAUCCACGAUGCCGACGCUGAAAGACGCCAACGAUAUCCGGAUGAACUGAACGAAGCACGCGCUCGUAUUCGUGAGAAGCGCUGGGCCGUAUAUACAGCACGUGCCGUCGAUCGAUAUACCAAGUGGUGGUCUAUUGGCCUCCCCCAGUCAAGACCGAUGGCAACUAUUGAUGACUUGGAGAGUACAGAUUAUGAAAAUAUCCUUAUUUGUGAUACUAUAGUUGCAUGGGACACGGAUAAUCUACCCCCGCUGGAUAUCUUAAUGGUCUGGCAUGCUCAUUGUUUGAAUCCUCGGAACUUCCUUGAGGAUUGCAUUCGAUACGGUAAAAUAAGCACCUGGGUAACAGGAUUUCCAUGGGAAGUGAUAGAUCGCUGCAUCAACAAUCACACGAUGGAGUACACCGUUUCUGAACAAGCCCAGCGGCUGUUCGAGCAGAAACUGAACAUCAAGUGGAACAAUCUGCACGACCCAUCGACUAAGCAAGUCAACUGCACCUACUGCGGACGGGUGAACGAUGUCCCGUGGACAAAACCUGACCUUGGCAGUCCUGCUCAAGCCUUCAAAUAUAGCCAUGGCUACGCCGAUGAUUCAUUUACGGAGAUAUGCGUCGGCUGUCAACGCUUCAUCGACCAUCACCGACUCAAGGUGGCAAAGUUUCGAAAAGAUCUUGCAGCAACUCUUUACGAGAACCUCCCUAUGCCCGGGUCGUUCACCAAUCUUCAGGGGAUCCCCAAGGGGAGCUCAAUUAUUAAGACCACUCGUGGUAACCUCGGAGACAUGCUAUUCGCCACACGGAUCGUCCAAGCUGUCGGAAAGGACUUAAUGGACUUCACUGAUGGUCGAGUAGAUCGGUGUAAGUGUAUCGCCGACCUGAGGUACGAACUCAGCGUCAAGCUAUGGAACAAAAAGAUUUUGAUGAAGACACAUGGUGUCUACCUUAAUAGUCUCCGGCCUGGCGAGAAGAUUCAACUCAGGAGAAUGAUGUCUCGGUACUGGGAGAACCUCGGUCCCUUCGCGCUAGACCUCGUGGGCGCUGUUAUCAGACAAGGGACCUUCGUGGAUAAAAUGGACCGAAUCGACUGGCUGCACUCGCCAACAGUCUUCGACACUAUGGACCGGCUUAUUAAAAAAUACGAAGUGUUCUUCCGGAUUAUGAUUGAGAACCCAGGUCAUAUGGCCGUGCCGACACUGGACGUCGACCUGGCCUGGCACACACACCAACUCAGCCCAUCCCGGUAUUACAAAUACAGCACGUCCAAGGCACCAUUGGGUGGUAAACGCACGUUCAUCGACCAUGACGACAAAGUUGAAGAGGGAAAGCUCUCCGACGGCUUUGCCUGGACUAGCAAAAUGUACCGCCGUCUCACCGACGGCGGCGUAUACAGCGAAUGCACCUGCUGGUACUGCGAGGCAACACGGACACCAGACCUGUAUGACCGGUGGAUCACUGCUGGAUCGGUAUCUCGCGCCCGAGCUGCUGCAGACCUCUUGCACGAUCGUCCCGACGUCUCAUCUGACCCAAACAAGAACCCACAUAUCUCUUCGCACAAUGCCAUCCGGCCAACAACCAAGUACUACCGGUGUGGGUUGUUUAGAACCAUGCAAGAGAAGCGUCUAAUAAGCAACUACCAAAAGGCUGCCCGACGUGCGGAGAAGCGUGGUCAACGAUCCGACUCCAAAUCUUCUAAUAGUCAGGGUGACCCCCAAUACUACAUGCCUUAUGCAUUCGGCUACCCCAUUGUGAUGCCGUUUUAUGCACCGUAUAUGAUGGACCCGUCCAUCAACUGUCAUUCGUACGCAGAUAACCCUGCCUGCGUGAAUUUUACUAGCGCCGAUGGAAACUGUUGUUCUGGCACGUGUGGUAAGCUUUUCAUACACCCUGCUGCAAGCAUCGAGUGA